GUCCCUCGUCAUGUCACCAUACAUGACGUAUUUAUGGAAAAACAUGAAACAUGGCGGUCGAGGUAUUGCUAACGAAGCAGAUCCAAGAUGCCAUUUUAGAAGCUAUUAGACGCAACUCAGUUCCACAGGAUCUCGAGAAACAAUUAUUGAAAUAUACAAAAUACUGUAAAGAAACGAAAGAACUAGAUAAAAGGAAGGAAAAAGUGGCCAUUCCAUUCAAGUUAGUCAAACAACUUUGGGAAUGUCUUCGAGAGAAUACCGGUAGGCCUCAUGUACGUCAUAAACAAAGUUUUUUGAGCCUCUGUCCAGGAAUCGAUUGAUUAAAAUGUACAAUUCAGGAGUUAUUUUUAUCGCAGACGUUUUGUUUAUAUUUUUGUACUCUCUACGGUACGAUCUACUGCAAAAGUCAGCUUUUACUCCUCCUAAGCCCCUAGUGCCCUUGAGGAUGGCAUGUUUCUGCAAGGCGCAAUCUUGUAGCCGUUUUUUUUUUUCUUUUCUUUUCUUGUUCUUUUAAAAAUGGUAAGCGAAAGAACUGAGGGGUCAAAUGACUUUUAUGUCUCUUAUCACUCAUCCCAAGCUAGCGAAGGACUCAGAUGAUAAUAAAGCAAAUCUCCCCAGGGCUCUUAGCAAAUUUACCCGUUUUCACACAUAGCGUACAGUAUAAAGUAUGCCUUCAAAACCCAAUGUAGAAAAACCACAUGCCCAAUGCUGCCUUGACGUUAGCUAGAACGUUCCUGGACUUCUCUUUAAAUUUAUCCAACUAUCUUUCUAGAUCAAGAUUCAAAACUAUACUUGCAUGAGCUGCUGGCAGGAAGUGAAGUUUAUGUUGAACCUUUAAAGUUACCAGAAAAGGUAUGUUUAAAAGAUUUAUCUAGUUAUUAUACUGUGAAGUUACGCCAUACCCAGCAUCAAUUUUCGCCAAACAAUAUGUAAUUGAGAGAAAAGAUUAUGCAAAUUAAUGAAAUGAUCACCAAAUAGAAAGUGCAUUGAUCUUAACACAUAUCCUCUCAACUAAAUCUUUGUGGCAAGGAAAUGUAUUGAGAUCAGUCCAGAGAAGUUUACAGUGAGAACAGGAAAUAUGCUCAAUUUUUCUGGUACCACAUUUCAUACAUGUAGCAGAGCUCGAAAUUAUUUAUGAUCACCAACAAGAAGGAACAGAAAAUAAAACAAAUUUACAUCUGGAACCUCUUGGCUACAAGAUUGAUUUAUGUCAGUAGUAUGGAAAGGCCAAAAUGCAAACCCCUCUCUUGUGAAAUGUCCCAAGUGAUGGGGAGUAUUGAGAGGCAGCUAUAAAAUAAAUAAAUAAAUUAAUAAUUCUUUUAUUUAUCCUCUGCCAUAUUUAAAGCACUUAUGCUAGUGGGGCUGAGCAAAUGUAUGAAACAAAUAAUUUAAAUAAAACAUAACAGAGUUAAGAAUCCCAACUGGCCGGAGGCAAACCAGCUGCUAGUUACAAGCAUGGCCGAGGAUUUGAUCUCGGGACUCCCGUGAACAAAUCCAGCUAGCAGUCAGAGCAGGACUUGAAGUAGGGGCCUCUGAAUUAAAAGUCCAAGGCUCUAACCACUCAGCCACGCUGCAUCCUCAUGCUGUAUGUGAGGACUGAUAUUUAUGACUUGCAUUUCCUCUAACAACCUAAAGUUUUAUUUUGUUAAAUUGCUUAGCCUUGUCCUCAAAACAGUAUGACAAGUCUAAAACACCGGUCACAUUCUUCAAUCAGUCAGAGUACAUUCUAUAUAUUAAGUAAAUAAGACAAAAAGUGUUACCAUCAUCGGAUCAAAAUAUCCAAAAGUGCUUUUUUAGAAACUGUUUUAUUUAGUUUUUCAGGUCCUGUGAUUUUAUACAUGUACGAUGGUGCAAUUUUGCUCAGUUUAGGUCAAAUUGCAUCCAAUCACAAUAAUCCAUAAGAAAUCUUAUGAAAUAUAAGACAAAAUGCAUACAAAUACAUAAUCUGGAUUAUUUUUUAGUCAUCCCUUAAUCUUAAUGCAAUUUCUUUUGUUUCAUACCCCUCAACUUUGGAUCCAAGUGUGAAUUUUUAUAUUUUGUAAUAAGCCUUUUGUUAUUAACAGUAAUAUAUGCCACUGACUUUUCCCUGAUUUAUUUUCUUUUAUCAUUGCAUAAUUAUGAUUUUUACUUUGUAUUAGAGUCCAGAACUUAUAACUCGUCUGAAAAAGCUAAAAGCAGAGCAACAAAGGGCAGAGUAUGACAGGAUGGUUUCAAAUGUUGAUAGAAAGGUGAAAAUGCUGUGUUUCAGUCUUUUUUGUUUUCAAUUUGUAUCAGGUAGCUACCAGUGUAUUUGUUGUAAAGUGAGAACUGAACUUCAACUCUUUGCUUUUACCUUCACCUACAUGUAUCCUUUUCAUACAACAAGACACAUAAGGCUAAUCCAUACUUCCCAGCCAGACCUAUCCAAAGCUGUUGAACUGAUUGCUGGGGUGGGUAGCUCUCCCCAGUUAUUCCAUCUAUCUCUGUCCCUUCUCUAUGUCUGCCAUCAUUCUCCAUUUCCUCUUGAGUCUACCUGCUCUUGUAAGCUGAACUGUUGUUAUUCUCUGCCUUCAAAUGGCAUCAUGCUCUGCUUACCUACAUGAGCAGGUGUAGGCAAGGUAUUGGACAGUCGAGUGGUUCUAAGAGGUUUUUAUUACUUAAGGUGGCUCGAUUGUUUUUCAGGGUCAAUACCUCCCAAAUUUGAGCAUAAACUACAUUGCCAUUAAUAAAGAUUUGGAAAAAUUACCACCAUAGCUGUGCAGUGUUUUAGAUAAAGAUGAAAAUUUGUCAUGAUCAGGGUUACAAUGACAUUGGAGUUGUCAUAGCAAUGAAGUGAUGCCAUUGCCUAUUUUACUGGCAGCUGUAUUUCUCAACACAGGGAACUAAUCUUCCAAAUUGUUCACGGGAACUUCUUCUUCCAAUAGGCAUCUCGAUGUUCGUGGAGUUCAAGCGAAAUCUGUAAGAGCAUUAUUGAGAUAUUUUGGGAUGAAGUUUUUAUGGUUAGUAAUGUGUUAAAAACUGGAUAAUAUUGAUGUUCGGUCGUUGUCUGCAGGAAACGAAGUGUUUUUGAAAUGCAAUUAUUUCACCUCAUAGAACUUUGUUUUAUUCUUUUUAAAACCACGUGAAAGAUCAUGGAGAUAGCUCUCAGCCUUUGGCCAAUUGCUAGAAAGAAGCUGGAUUUGGUUAGUGUAUAUCAAGGCGCUCUUGUUGGCGGUUUUGUAAACAUUUUGGUCUACUUUAACAAAUAAACAAAUCAUUUUUAAACCGCUCAAUAGAUUGAGAUUCUCAAGGUUAACCGUCAUUUUCUUGUUUAUCAGAAAUUUUGUGUUUACAAGUGAGAGCUUCUCAUUAUUCAGGGUAUGGUCUCCAAGUUCUAUAUUUUUGUGGACAACAAUAGCGAACAUUUCUGCAUAUAUUGUUAUUUACUACUGUUCACGUGAAAAUGAAACUUUCAAAUUUUCAACUUUAUCUAAUACAGCAGCAGUGGUAAUUUUUCCAAAUCUUUGUUAAUUGUAACAUAGUUUAUGCUAAAAAAAAAACAACCUAUCAAGCCACCUUAAGGUUUCUGAGAUUUGGUCAGAUGGGAGGGUGCAGGUGAUUGGUGCACCACCUACAGCACUGUAACCACCCUGCCCAGACCAGGUCGUUUUUCUUGUAUGGCAAUUACAACUAAAAAAACAUUUCUCUUAUGGAAAAAAAACACAUAUAAACACAUCUAGAUGCCCACUGGUUGUUUUAAUCUACUACUCUUGAGCCCUGAUCAUGCCAACAAAACAUGUAGAGUUGAAAACCAUUAGUAUAGGUAAUAGCAUGAUUUGUAGUGAUAUUUGGCCCCGGGGGGGGCACUGCCAUAUAUGGGCUAUAUAGGUAUGUGCCGCUGUGAAGGGUAUGGUUUUCAAGCAGUUUACUGUAGGAUAGGGUAUAUAAAUCAGAGCGUUUGGGUCUAGAAUAGGGUAUCAUUUUUCAGGAAACUGAUCAGUUGGUUGAAGAUUUUAUCUAGACUAGGUAAACAGCUACUCUAGCAUAGGGGGAUUUGGGGAGUUUACUCUAGUAUAGGGUAGCAAAAUUCAGCUGAACUAGCUCUGGUAUAGGUUAAGGGUUCCAGGGUCCUAGCAGCACAUCCCCACCCAGAAAUUCCUAAAGUGCCCCGGGUAUUUGGCAUAAAUACCAUGAGUGAUAUUUCGAAAUCGUUACACACAAUUUCACGAGCUGUUAGGCGAGUGAAAUUUGAGACAAUUUUGAAAUAUCAUGAGUGGUAUUUAUGCCAAAUAUCACAUACAAAUCAUGCUAUUAUUUGUUUAUACUACUACCCACAAAAGUUUUGUAAUUUUCACAUGUGGGUAUUUCAAAUUAAGCUGAAAGACCACUGCUCUAAGCCAAUCAAAUUGCAGAAAUUUCUCAUGUAGUAGUAUAAACACAAAAAGGACUCCUUGUUGUCAUUUUAAUAAAAAUAAAAAUAUGUUAUUUUGCUGUUUUAUUUACAGUGGCACCAAAGCGAUGGAAGGCAACUGGGACAGGAAGGUGGGUGUCACUGAUUGUAGUGUAUUAUUUGUAUUUUUCUGAUGAAACUGAAAGUGUCUCGGCACAAAAUAGCACUUAUAGCCAAAACUCUAGGGUAUUUGUAAGCAGGUACUUAGGCUUUUUGAGGGAGGGGGGGGGGUGGGGGCUGCAGGGGUAUGUAUGUCUCUAUUCUGAAUUUUAAUGGUGGACAUUUCAUGUAUUGAAGAGAAGGCCAUGUCGUUUUUGAUAUUUCACUAUAAUUGUAUUUGGGAUUUUCCUUGUGACUGUCUCAGUUUCCCACUCAUCUUUCGUGUUGAUUGUUGCCAAUUCUUCUGACAGUGUUAUUUUGCUAUUUCAAGGCCAUGUGGCUUGUCAGAAUUUUACCUCAAGAGGGCCUCCAUACUGUGUAUUUCUCAUUGGUAGUUUUACGUGUACUUAAAUCUCAGUGCUAAGUCAGACUUAAGAACUGUUCUAUGUUAUUAACCAAGUCACUUUGUCUAAGUGAAUUUGAAGUUAUUCUUUACUUUGCAAAAUGGAAAGUUGAAAUCCUGGGGGGAUACACAACAAAGUAUUACACGGAAGAAGCUCUGCUCCGAGGCCCAACCCCUUACACUUUUAUAUACCAUUGUUAACAGAAAAGGUACCCCUAAAUCGUAUACCUUCCUCUGGCAAAAGGUACGCUUUUCAUGUACCUAUUUAAGAAUGCUGCAUCCCUGUUAACUGCUGUAAAUGCACCAUCUUUUAAAUAAUCAAAAAAUGGCCAAACAAGGAUGUCCUCUUGACUUUUUCUCAGCCACAAAAAAACAUCAGUUAGCCCUUUUAGUUCCUCUUACAGACCGAAAAGACCGAUUUCUCUCCCCUUCAUAUUUUUCAACUAGUGAAAUUCCUACCCUUUUAUCUGCCUGAAGUCUGAAAAUGGAACCCUCCUUGGGCGGAGCCUCUCUACAUGUAUUGGGAGUACCACCCUCAGGAUUAAAAUAAGAAAUAUGCAUCCUGAAAACCGAAAACUUGCAGUUACUUAGGCUGUAAGGUUGACCAGGCAUGUCAGUCAAGGUUAGGAUACGUUAAAGGAACAGAAUUGAUUUUCUUGUGUCAAUGUUUACCUUUUAGUUCGCUCUGUCAGCAAGCAGUUGGCCUCUAUUAUCAACUUUCUUUUGUCAAUAAUGGCAUCAUUUGCAUUUGGUUUUAUUGCAUCUCAAUAUGCCUUUCCCUCCAUUGCUAUGGUAUGUAAUAAAUAAAUGGGUUAUGAGUAACAAUCAGGUUCAAUCAAGCAUCUUAAAUCCAGCCAGUGUAAUUUAUGGUAUUCUGGGCAGUCACAUAAAACGACACCACUGCAUUAAUCAAAACUUAAAAGUAGGCUGGUCAUGGUAGAAGUUUGCUGCUGUUGUUGUUGUUGUUUUAUUUUUGCCUGCUAAGAAAAUGGCUUUUAGGACUUUUAAGCUUAUCAUAAAGGGAAGCAAUGGAAGCAUAAAGUAAUCCAAAUAACAAUUUCACAAAAAAAUCCGGUUCAGGGGGAGUCCAAAUCAUAAUCAUGUGCGAUUUACCAGUCUACCGUAGAACUGCUACAUCUGUUAUCAUUUGAAUCCAAAAACGGGCAAAUUUGUGCGGCUGAAGUCUGGAACCGAAAAAAUUGGCAAUCGGUGUGUAGUAUUCCACUUGGUUUAACCAACCAGAAUGAAAGGACUUCUGAAAAUUGUUGUCCUCAAUUUUUGGUUGGAAUUUCCAAAAAAUGACCUUACCAUUAACCUUUCGAGCGGAAUUUUCAACAUCUCUUUAGAACAAAAUUUGAUAAGCACCCCCAGUUUCUUGACGUAGAUGUUGGUGAUAUAAAAGCAGAUGUUGCACUGAAUACUUCAUGAAGGCUUUUUUAAAGCAAACCACGUUUUAGGGAACCGUCAUUUUGGGACACUUUUUUUUAAAUGGACUCAUAGUUACGGGCUUCAUUAAUAAUAUUGGAUUGUGUAUAGGAGCAAGAUUCUGGCCAUGAAGAGCCAAUUCUCAAAUUGUAAAGACAAAGCAAUCAUCUGUUUUAUUUCUUUUUCAGAGAGUGAUCAUAGGAAUUGUGCUGGCCUUCAUCGUAGCCAUUGCAGAAUUGUAUUUUAUGGCUAGAGUGGAAAUUUGA